ACCGAAACGGAUACGUUGAGAGAAGAGGCUAAAUCGUUGCACGACGAGAUUGCUUCCGCAAAAGAAAAACUGGCCGAAAGCCUCGCCGACAACGAGAAGAUAACCGGAAAGCACCGUACGUCGGUCGCGGACGCGAACAGCAUGGGCAAACGGAACAAGAGGCUAGAAUCCAAAUUGGCGAAGGUCGUGGAAGAAAGAGACAAGCACAAAAAGGAGGUCCAGCGAACAAACAAGUUGCACGAAAUGUUGAAAAAAGACAUCGAAAAAACGAAAGAGAAUUUACAGAGCUCUGAAUCGGAAUUACGUCAACAGCGUAACGAAAUCGAAAGAACGCGAACGAAAACGGCCGAUUACAAACGGGAGGUCGAUCAGUUGCAGAACACCAUAUCCGAUUUCCGAAAAAAGCGCAAAAUCUUGGAAUCCGAAAUCGACCGUUUGCGCCAACAGUUGACUUCAACGAAGGAGUUGCACAAGGUUUCCGCGGACGAAACCGAAAGAACGCGAACGAAGACGGCCGAUUACAAACGGGAGGUCGAUCAGUUGCAGAACACCAUAUCCGAUUUCCGAAAAGAGCGCAAAAACUCGGAAUCCGAAAUCGAUCGAUUACGCAAACAGUUGACGUUGCACAAGGAUUCCACGAACGAAACCGAAAGAAUGCGAACGAAAACGGCCGAUUACAAACGGGAGGUCGAUCAGUUGCAAAACACCAUAUCCGAUUUGCGAAAAGAGCUCAAAACCUCGGAAUCUAAAAUCGACCGUUUGCGCCAACAAAUGAGAACGAAAACGGCAGAAGUCGAUCG